AUGGACGCUCUGACAAGCCACAUUCAAGGAGAGGUACCGUGGUGCAUGAUGUUUGCAGAUGACAUUGUGCUUAUUAACGAGUCGCGGGGCGGUGUUAACGCGAGACUGGAGGUUUGGCGACAGACUCUGGAAUCGAAGGGUUUCAAGUUGAGCAGGACUAAGACAGAGUACUUAGAGUGCAAGUUCAGUGAUGUGAGCCAAGUAGAGGACGAGGACGUGCAGCUGGAUACUCAGGUCAUCCCGAAGAAAGAAAGUUUCAAGUACCUGUCGAUCAUCCAAAGGACUGGCGAGAUUGAUGACGAUGUCACACAUCGUAUUGGAGCGGGAUAG